UCGAUUGUAUGCGUGGCGCUUCUUCAAGUUUUCAAAAUGCUCAACCUUGUCACUUAUCGGGAACUUGAUUUCUCAAUAUCCAAGAAAUGGUAUAUAAUCGCCAUUCUUCUUGUUGCUAUGAUCUACACAGGAAGCAAAAGUUUGCAAUAUCUCUCAAUUCCUGUUUACACAAUUUUUAAAAAUUUGACAAUUAUUCUUAUUGCAUAUGGCGAAGUGCUAUGGUUUGGUGGAUCUAUAACAAAAUUGACAGUGUCCAGUUUUUUGUUAAUGGUUUUAUCGUCUAUUAUAGCAGCAUGGACUGAUGUUAGCAGUGCAUUUACCGAAUCAUCUACGGCUUCACUGAAUACCGGUUACAUAUGGAUGUGUAUCAAUUGUUUUUCUUCUGCUGCUUUUGUCUUAACCAUGAGGAAGCGUAUUCGAUCCACGGGUUUCAAAGAUUUUGAUACGGUAUAUUAUAAUAAUAUAUUAUCAAUACCUUUGUUGGUAAUAAUGAGUCUUGUAAUUGAGGACUGGAGCUCUAGCAAUCUUGAAAAAAAUUUUCCCACUGAAAUCAGAAGGACCCUCAUAACGGCUAUGUGUUUUUCAGGAAUAUCAGCAUUUGCUAUAUCUUAUACUUCUGCUUGGUGUGUUAGAGUUACUUCUAGUACAACCUAUA